CCGGAGCGUCCGCGCCGCUCUGCCCGCUGCCGGGCGGCUCCGGGGCGUUUAUCUCGCCCGGGAUCAGCCAAUAUUUGUGGCCACGUCAGGAGAACGAGCCCAUCCUCGCCCCGUGCUCCCUCUCAGUCCAGCUCCGCCACCCCGCUCCGCUCCCCGGCGCUGCCGCUGCCUCUCCGGUUCUGCUCCUCGGACGCUGUCGCCACCGGAGAUGUCGGUCACCGUGGCUCUCCUCCUGAGCCUCCUACGGAUGGCUGCCGCCGAGGGCGAGCGCUGCCCGGCCUGCGGGGUGGCCGCGCUGGCCCCCGGGGCUCAGCGGGACGCGCUCCUGGCUCUGGCCAAGCAGAGCAUCCUGGCCAAGCUCCGGUUACCGGGCAGGCCCGGCGUGCCGCAGCCGCCGUCCCGGGGCUCCCUGCUGACGGCGCUCCGCAGGAUGCGGGUACAGCGCUCGGACGGGGCCGCCACCCCCGGGAUUCUCCGGGAUGCGGCCGCCACCCCCGGGAUUCUUCGGGAUGCGGCCGCCACGCCCGGGAUGCUCCGGGACGGCCGCGGGACGGGGCUGCAGGAAUACGAGCUGCUGAGUUUCGCUGAGCCAGGACCCUCCACUUCCCGCAGCGUCCACCUGCAUUUCCGCUUCUCCCAGGAGGUGGCUGGCAGCACUGAGAUCCAGCAGGCCACUCUGUACCUGUUCUGGGCAUCCCCUGGGCACGGGGCACAGCCUGUCACCAUCAAGCUCCUGCAGCCAGACCCGGCAGGGCCAAACCUGACGGUGACCAGCGAGACACGGCUGGAGGUGCAGAAACCCGGCUGGACCACGCUGGACGUCGGAGCAGCGGUCCAGAACCUCUUCAGACAGGACGCCCCACGGCUCACGGUGGAACUGGAGGUGCCAGAGGACUGGGGGUCCCCUCUGCCAUCCCGCCACGGCGAUUCCCACUGGCCGUUUGUGGUGGUCCAAGCCCAGGCCAGGACACCCCACCGCGUCCGCCGGCGCGGCGUCGAUUGCGGCGCGGACUCGCGGAUGUGCUGCCGCCAGGAAUUCUUUGUGGACUUCAAGGAGAUCGGUUGGGAGGAUUGGAUCAUCCAGCCCGAGGGCUACCACAUGAAUUACUGCUCGGGGCUGUGCCCGCUGCACAUGGCCGGCAUCCCCGGCCUCGCCGCCUCCUUCCACACCGCCGUCCUCAACCGCAUCAAGGCGGCGAGCGCGGCGGCGGCCGUGGAUUCCUGCUGCGUUCCCACCCAGCGCCGGCCCCUCUCCCUGCUCUACUACGAUCGCGACAGCAACAUCGUCAAGACCGACAUCCCCGACAUGAUCGUGGACUCCUGCGGCUGCACCUGAGCGCUGCCGGAGCGGGUGGGAGGGCAGGACGCGGCGGGACGGGGCUCCCUCUUCCCGGCUCCCGGCUGGGAGGGAGGAGCUCUGCCGAGGGGGUUUCUCCUCCCGCGGGUGAAGAAGCGUCAAGGGCGAUGCUGAAUGUGCAAAUCCCCUCCUCUUCCACCUCCCACGCUGAUCUGGGUUCCUCUCACAGCCCCUCAGACCGGCUCUUGAAGCAGUCCUGAUGGACUGAUGGACUGAUGGACGGAUGGAUGCUGCAGAGCCCACAUCAGGACAGUCCCUCUGCCACCCCAGCCCAAAUUCCUGGUGUCCCCUGGGUGCUGCUACAUCAGCCCAGGACCCACCAGUGGCCCCCCUGGGCUGCUGGGGCUGGUGAGGACAGAGGGCAGGGGUCACCCCCAUGGCCCCAGCCGGGUGGACACGUGGCUGAGGAGGGAGAGGAGAGGGAAAUCAA